AUGGUCCAUUGCGCCGGCUGCGAGAGGCCUAUCCUGGACCGCUUUCUGCUCAACGUGCUAGACAGAGCCUGGCAUGUCAAGUGCGUGCAAUGCUGCGAGUGCAAAUGCAAUUUGACAGAGAAAUGUUUUUCUCGAGAAGGGAGACUAUACUGCAAAAACGAUUUCUUUAGGCGGUUCGGCACCAAGUGUGGCGGUUGCUCGCAGGGCAUCUCUCCUAACGACCUGGUCCGCAGGGCCCGGAGCAAAGUGUUUCACCUUAACUGCUUCACCUGCAUGAUGUGCAACAAGCAGCUCUCCACCGGCGAGGAGCUCUACAUCAUAGACGAGAACAAAUUCGUUUGCAAAGACGAUUACCUAAACAACACCAGUGUAAAAGACACCAACCUCCUCUCAGUAACGGCAUGCAGCGACCCGAGUUUAUCACCAGACUCUCAAGACCAGCUACAGGAUGACGUGGUCCUAAAGGACACAGAGAUAGCCACGCUGUCCGACAAGGAGACCGUUAACAACGAGAACGACGACCAGAACCUGGGAGGGAAGCGGCGUGGCCCACGGACCACCAUCAAGGCCAAACAGCUGGAGACACUGAAAGCAGCGUUUGCCGCCACUCCAAAACCCACCAGGCACAUCAGGGAGCAGCUGGCCCAGGAGACGGGCCUCAACAUGAGGGUCAUCCAGGUCUGGUUCCAGAACCGACGUUCCAAAGAGAGGCGGAUGAAGCAGCUGAGCGCACUGGGGGCCCGGAGGCACGCGUUUUUCCGGAGCCCGAGGCGAAUGAGGGCGCUGGGUGACCGGUUGGAGCCUGGGGAGCUCAUCCCCAACGGACCCUUCUCCUACUAUGGAGAUUAUCAAAGUGAAUACUAUGGUCCGGCAGGGAACUAUGACUUUUUCCCUCAGGGGCCACCAUCAUCACAGGCCCAGACCCCAGUUGAUCUCCCCUUUGUGCCAUCCUCAGGCCCCACAGGCAACCCCCUUGGAGGUAUGGACCACCCGCUCCCGGGCCACCAUCCCUCCACUGAGGUGCAACGUUUCUCCGAUAUCAUGUCCCACCACCCAGGGGAUUCUCCCAGCCCAGAACCCGGCAUCCCAGGGCCCCUGCACAGCAUCUCGUCAGAAGUGUUCGGCCCUAGUCCUCCUUUUACCUCGCUGUCACUGAACGGGAGCGGAUACAAUAACCAUCUGUCUCACCCGCCCUCAGAAAUGAACGAGGGCACUGUGUGGUAGCUUUGCGAGGGAGCGGACUUUGCUGGCCAGAGAUUCGGUAAUGAAGGGUCGUGAGAUCUGGAAGUGUUGGGGGACUGAGUCCAGAACAGGGACACGGAUAAUGACUGGGUUAGGGCAGUACCAUAAACUAUUUUUUCUCCUCUUUUUUGGUGAUUUCAUACUUAUUUAUUUAUUUAUUUUCCCAUUUGUUGUUCUUUUGACAGGAGACCAUAUUUAGCAUAAAAACUAUGCCCAAAAACACUGCAGUAUUAUGUUCGGGUGUUUUGAUUGCUUCUUUCAACUCCUACCCCUACCCAGCCUGCAUCCAAAAACUGGACUGAGACAUCUUCUUACCCCUCCUGAUUCCGGUCAGUGGCACGGCAGAGCGACCAAUCCCCCAGUCCCCCUAACACUUAAAAAAAAGGAAGAAAAAAAACCUUUUCAAAAUCUCCUGUAAUAUGUCCUAAACAUGAAAACAUCCUUAGCUACUGUCAAAGACUUCAAUAGCUUUACAGAGAGAGAAUAAAGGGGCUAAGGGUUGGUUGUGUGCUGACCUGGCACAGUAGGAAGGCUGAGCGGCAUUCAGACUAUGUGCGAGGAACUAGACGCGUCCCUUGUAUUUAUUCAGAAGCUCCUCAGACCUCUUGCCUCUCAAGGCUCUGCCAUAUUGACACUUAACCUUUUUCACAAUAUGUUUCUGGAGGCCAGAAGAAAUGACAGUUUUCUCCUCUGCCCGGACUAUUUGUUUGUUUCGGUUUCAGAAUUUCAACCAAAUCUGAAGAAGGCUGCCUUCAAAAGGCAAACCAGUAAAAGACUCCCUAUGGAUUGCAAGCCCUUUAUUAAAAAUGGAAGUGAACUUGAAAUGGUGAGAUGAAGUCUACCUUCUAAAAAUCUUCUACUGGGGUUCUACAUGGGACUUAGAACAGUCAACUGUUUACGUAAUCUAUUCAAUUCAGGAGUCCAGAAGUCUCGAAAACCACGUUUUAGAACCUCUCAAUCCAUAUAAAAAUGUUCCAAGCAACCAACCAAACUUUUGUAUUGAUUUCAUUUAUAUUGUAUGGAGAUAAAAACACAUUUGCUGGGGUUGUGGUUCACUGUGCUAGUUUGUACGAGAUGUUGUUUACAAAAAAGGUUAAAAAAAUAAAAACACGAGUAAAGUAGACAUUUGACAAACAAAAAAAAAAUAGCACAAAUAUUGUUAAAGUGCUUUGCACCAUCAUCGCAGAACGUAUUGAGACAAAAUGUAAGUGUUAAAAGGAGUAAUUGAAUUCUUAAUUUUUUUAGUCUGCUGACGAUACAUUCAUAAAACUGUUAAUAUACUUAGGUUUUAUUUUUGUGUCUUUAAAGAAGAAAAAUCCAAUCUAUUAAAAACUGAUGAUCAAAUAUGCGGCAAGCAGCUGCUACAUCUCUUUGAAUAUCAAGCCCUCAUGGUAUGUCUUUUAUUGUUCCAAUAAACCUAAGCUUAUGUGACCUCCAGUGCAUAUUAGACCAUUCACUGUAUAAAUACCACAUGUUGACAAAUGUGUUUGUAAUAAACUAGAAAAUAUACGUCAUUUUUUUUUAUCUUAAAGUAUGCCCAACAUUACAGUGCAUUGUGUUUCACAAAGUAUUGAAGGUACAUUACAGACAAGCUUUUGUCCAGUUUCUUG